AUGGCGGGAGCCGAAGACUUCGUCUGGCCCGGGGCGGACGUCCAGGCGAACGAGCCCAGUGCCUCGAGCGCCCCGGCAGAGGCACCAGCUGCCGGUGCGCCGACGGCACCUGGCGUGGUGCCCCCGAUGCUUCCGGGCAUGAUGAUGCCUGGGAUGCUGCCGGGGAUGGCAAUGCCAGGCAUGAUGCCCGGAAUGCUGCCAGGUGCCAACCCGAUGCUCUUGGCAUCCAUGAUGAUGCCCAACCCCAUGAUGGCUAUGAUGAUGGGUGGUGUCGGGGGCGCCGCAGGCUUGGCAGCAGCUGGAGAGAAGAAAGAAGAGCCAAACAAAGUGGAGUCGCCCAUAGACAACCGGGUCAGGGAGCUUUGUCGCGAUUAUGGCAUCGAGGACCGGCUCAUGCGAAAGCUGAACGACGUCAUGAUGCGGCGGCCGGACACUUUCGAGGAAGACUUGAACACCGUCCGGUCCCGGCUCUCCAAGGAGCGGCCCGACAUCGGCGUGCUGAUUACUCAGCUGGACCGGGGCAUCUUCGUCACGCGAUCCAACAUCCACCCGGACAUGAUGGCGGUGGUAAACAAGUACAAGCUAGAUGACCGAGCGACUCAGCGCUUGGUGGAAAGCAUGCGGAAGAGGAAAAAGACGAUGCAGGAGGACUUGAAAGCCAUUGAUGUUCGCUUGGCGAGUGCUGAAAGACCUUCUGGAUUGCUCAUGACACUCCUCCAGGGCUUGGACACGAUGGGAAAGCUCCCAGUGGCUCCAAAGUCGCUGGGGCUGCCAGGUAGCUACGAUCCGCGCGAGGAGAAAGAGAAGGAACGUCCGAAGGAACGGGACAGGGACCGAAGAGAUAGGGAUCGAGAUCGAGACAAAAAGCGCUCCAGAUCCAGGUCCAGAAGGAGAAAGUGA